AUGCUGCUGAUGGCGACGGCUGUCCUUCCUCGUGUAGGCGCUGGAGGAGAUGUUGAAGGGAUUCUGGCAGAAGGAGAACAAUCAGAAGUGUCACCACAAAGAGCCAAAGAGGAGGAGGAGCAAAGGAAGCUGCGAGUUCAAGAUGGAGGCAGCAUGCAAGAGGGAAGACGAAAGCAGAAGGCGGAGGGUGACUCUGGUACAUCCCAGGGUGCUGAAAAUGAAAUUCGCAGAGAGGAGAAAAAGCAUGAAUGUACAGUGUGUGGAAAGAGAUUUGGUAAAUGCUCAACUCUUACUUCACAUCAAAGAGUGCACACAGGAGAGAAAUCGUAUACAUGUACAGUGUGUGGAAAGAGCUUCAGUGACAGGAGUUCCCAUACUAGACACCAAAGAACUCAUACAGGAGAGAAAUCGUAUACAUGUACAGUGUGCGGAAGGAGCUUCAGUGACAGUAGUUCCCAUAGGAGACACAGAAGAACUCAUACAGGGGAGAAACCGUAUACAUGUUCCGAGUGUGGAAAGACCUUCAGUCACAGUCACAGCCUUACGUCGCAUCAACGAACUCAUACAGGGGAGAAACCGUAUACAUGUUCCGUGUGUGGAAAGAGCUUCAGUGACAGUAGUUCCCAUACUAAUCACCGAAGAACUCAUACAGGGGAGAAGCCUUAUACAUGUUCAGAGUGUGGAAAGAGCUUCACUCAAAGUGGUGGCCUUACCUCGCAUCAAAGAACUCAUACAGGGGAGAAACCGUAUACAUGUUCCGAGUGUGGAAAGUGCUUCAGUCAAAGUAGUGGCCUUAUCUCACAUCAAAGAACUCAUACAGGAGAGAAACGUUAUAAAUGUUUUGAAUGUCAAAAGAGCUUCAGUCACAGUUGUUCCCUUAUCUUGCAUCUACGAACUCAUACAGGGGAGAGACCGUAUACAUGUUCAGAGUGUGGAAGGGGCUUCAGUCACAGUGGUCACCUUACUAGCCACCUAAGAACUCAUACAGGGGAGAAACCGUAUACAUGUUCAGAGUGUGGAAGGAGCUUCAGUAAGAAUUGUAGCCUUACAUCACAUAAAAGAUCUCAUACAGGGGAGAAACGUUAUAAAUGUUUUGAAUGUCAAAAGAGCUUCAGUCACAGUUGUUCCCUUAUCUUGCAUCUACGCACUCAUACAGGGGAGAGACCUUAUACAUGUUCAGUGUGUGGAAGGAGUUUCAGUCACAGUGGUACCCUUACUAAGCACCAAAGAACUCAUACAGGGGAGAAACCGUAUACAUGUUCAGAGUGUGGAAGGAGCUUCAGUAACAAUAGUAGUCUUACAUCGCAUAAAAGAUCUCAUACAAGAGAGAAACCCUAUACAUGUUUGGAGUGUGGAAAGAGCUUCAGCUACAGUUUCAACCUUACCAUGCAUCAACGAAUUCAUACAGGGGAGAAACCGCAUACAUGUUCUGAGUGUGGAAAGAGCUUCACUCAGAUCAGUGGGCUUAUUAAACAUCAACAGACUCAUCGAGGCAGCAAACCUUAUAAAUGCUGGGAAUGUGGCAAGAGUUUUGGUGAACUCGGCUCCCUUUCUCGGCAUCAAAGAAUUCAUACAGGGGAGAAACUAUAUAUAUGUUUGGAGUGUGGAAAGAGCUUCAGCCACAGUUGGGAUCUUACCGUGCAUCAAAGAGUGCACACAGGAGAGAAACCUUAUAAAUGCUUGGAGUGUGGCAAGAGCUUCAAUUGCAGCAGCUCCCUUACGUUACAUCAAAGAACUCAUACAGGAGAAAAAACCCAUGAAUGUACAGUGUGUGGAAAGAGAUUGGGUAGUCGCUCAACUCUUACUUCACAUCAAAGAGUGCACACAGGGGAGAAACCGUAUACAUGUACAGUGUGUGGAAAGAGCUUCAGUGACAGGAGUUCCAAUAAGAGACACCGAAGAACUCAUACAGGGGAGAAACCGUUUACGUGUUCCGAGUGUGGAAAGACCUUCAGUCAUAGUCACAGCCUUACGUCGCAUCAACGAACUCAUACAGGGGAGAAACGGUAUACGUGUUCCGAGUGUGGAAAGACCUUCAGUCAUAGUCACAGCCUUAGGUCGCAUCAACGAACUCAUACAGGGGAGAAACCGUAUACAUGUUCUGAGUGUGGAAAGAGCUUCAGUCGGAGUGGCCAGCUUACCACGCAUCAAAGAACUCAUACAGGGGAGAAACCAUAUAAAUGUUCAGAGUGUGGAAAGAGCUUCGCUCAAAGUGGUGGCCUUACCUCACAUCAAAGAACUCAUACAGGAGAGAAACGUUAUAAAUGUUUUGAAUGUCAAAAGAGCUUCUGUUCGAGCAGUACCCUUAUCUUGCAUGUACGAACUCAUACAGGGGAGAGACCUUAUACAUGUUCAGAGUGUGGAAGGGGCUUCAGUCACAGUGGUACCCUUACUAGCCACCGAAGAACUCAUACAGGGGAGAAACCGUACACAUGUUCAGAGUGUGGAAGGAGCUUCAGGAAGAAUUGUGGUCUUACGUCGCAUAAAAGAUCCCAUACAGGAGAGAAACCCUAUGCAUGUUUGGAGUGUGGAAAGAGCUUCACUAAAAGUGGGGGCCUUAAGUCACAUCAACAAAUUCAUACAGGGGAGAAACCGCAUACAUGUUCUGAGUGUGGAAAGAGCUUCACUCAGAUCAGUGGGCUUAUUCAACAUCAACGGACUCAUCGAGGCAGCAAACCUUAUAAAUGCUGGGAAUGUGGCAAGAGUUUCUCUCAACUCGGCUCCCUUUCCCGGCAUCAAAUAAUUCAUACAGGGGAGAAACGAUAUACAUGUUUGGAGUGUGGAAAGAGCUUCAGCCACAGUUGGGAGCUUACCGUGCAUCAAAGAGUGCACACAGGAGAGAAACCUUAUAAAUGCUUGGAGUGUGGAAAGAGCUUCAGUUGCAGCGGCUCCCUUACGUUACAUCAAAGAACUCACACAGGAGAAAAACCGUAUACAUGUUCGGAGUGUGGUAAAAGCUUCAGUGUCAGUAGUAGCCGUACUAGACACCAAAGAACUCAUACAGGGAGGAAAUCUUAGAAAUCUUGGGCCAAUGCAAAGAACUUUCGUGGCAAGGACUCCCUUACUAAACUGAAAAGUGAAAGGGUUAAUUAGCUAACCUGUAUAUAU